UGCGAACACAUCGCCAAACUCAAAUGGCAGUAGACCACACACACUUGUUCAUAAUGCAAUUACUACUAUUAAUUACUCAUUUAUAUUUUGUAGCUUCAAACCCUUAUAUUAACGAAACGGCGCAUAAAUUGAAAUACAUUUUGAGCUGUAGGCAUACAAGAUGUGUCCCAAGAUUAGGGAUGAAUGUAGAUAGUUUAGCUGAAAAGACUCUGAAAGCUAUGAGAAAUACGGACAGAUUGAGUGAAUAUUUGAGUGUUUUUAACGUUAGUGACUGUGAUGGGGAGGCAAGUGCGGAUUAUGUUAGACGUCAUGUUCUUGACGGUCUUUUGACCACUGAUGAUGUGCCAGAAACCCAUUGGAAUGAAUAUAAGUCCAUUUACAAUAAGAAAUAUGUUUCGCAAACUCACGAGGAGGCAGCGCUGUCGGUAUGGAAAAAUAACUUGAGGAAAGUUGCUGAACACAAUCAGCUGUACCUCUCAGGGAAAAGGAGCUAUACUCUACAUCUUAAUAUGUUUGGAGACUGGCCAAUAAUGUCUUACGUCGAAGAUCUGCUGAAACUAAUAUGGACGAUUCCACUUUACGAUCCAGCUAGAGAUCCACACAGAACAGCCUACAAGAGGAAUCUCCAUCAGAAGAUUCCAAGAGAGAUGGACUGGCGUGACAGGGGUUACAAGCCGCGCCUGGAGGAGCAGUACCACUGCGGUGCUUGUUACGCCUUCGCCAUCACACAUGCGCUACAGGCCCAGGUCUACAAACAUCAUGGGGAUUGGCGAGAACUGAGCCCUCAACAGAUCGUAGACUGCAGUCUACCUGAUGGUAACCAGGGUUGCAACGGAGGAUCCUUGGAGGCAGCGCUUCGGUAUGCUUCCAGAGCUGGUCUUAUCCGAGAAUCAUAUUACCCGUACCGUGGCAAGCGAGGUCACUGCCACUACCGCUCAGCUGAGGUGAGCGCUCGGCCGCGGAGAUGGGCGACUCUGCCGGCCGGUGACGAGCGUGCUAUAGAACGAGCCUUGGCGACCAUUGGACCCAUGGCUGUUGCUGUUAAUGCUGAACCUUUCACGUUCCAAUUGUACAGGAGUGGUAUCUACGACGACCCGUUCUGCGUGCCGUGGAAGAUGAACCAUGCGAUGUUGCUGGUGGGCUACACGCCGGAGUACUGGGUGCUGCUCAACUGGUGGGGACGGCAUUGGGGCGAGGGGGGGUAUAUGAGAAUUCGCCGUGGUCACAACGUGUGUGGAGUAGCGAACAUGGCGACGUAUGUGGAACUGUAA